AUGGCGGCGGCGCUCCACCUCCUUCUCCCCCUCCUCCUCCUCUCCUCCGCCUCCGCCCAGACGGCCCCCGCCCCUUCCCACUCGACCGCCCCCGUCAACAUCACCGGCAUCCUCGACCGCGCGGGCGGCUACACCUCCUUCAUCCGCCUCCUCAACGAAACACAGGCCGCCGUCCAGAUAAACAGCCAGGCCAACAACUCCCACGAUGGCAUGACCGUCUUCGCCCCCACCGACAACGCCUUCACCAACCUCCCCGCCGGCGCCCUCAACAACCUCACCACACAGCAGCAGGUCCAACUGGUCCUCUAUCACAUCUGCCCCAAGUUCUACACCCUCGACGACCUCCGCACCGUCAGCAACCCCGUCCGGACACAGGCCUCCGGCCAGGACGGCGGCGUAUUCGGCCUCUACGUCUCCGGCGGCGUCGGCAGCGGGGUCAACAUCUCCACCGGCAUCGUCAGCGUCCCGAUUUACAACGCCGUCCGGGGAGAAUUCCCGCUCGCCGUGUAUCAGGUGGACCGGGUUCUCCUGCCCCGGGAGUUCUACGAGGCGAGCCCGCCGGCGGCGGCGCCGCCGGCCAACGGGACGCGGGCCCGCGGCGGAGGCGGAGGCGGCGGUGGAGGGGAUUCGGUGGCGCCGUCGUCAGGGAAUCCGUCGGGGAAUGGGUGUGGGAAGAUCAGUGUGGGGAUGGGAUUGUUGGGUGGGAUUUGGCUAUUGGGCGUGACACUAUUUUGA